AUGAACGGCAAUACAGCCUCUCCUGAGGGUGUCUACUACCGAGAAGACCAUCCGGAGGCACCGAACUCGGGUGCUUCGAGGCACGCCACAUCAACUGACGACUUUGAUCCACAUAUCACUGGCGGCACGGCCCCAGAUCAUGCCCAGGCUGUGUUUGACUCGAAAAUGCCCCAGAACGACUUUAACGGUAUGCCUUCUUUCCAACAAGACCUGGGCCUAAUGCUACAAAUGGAUAGCCCGUCCCAAGACUACCUCAACUGGAAUAUGCCUGGUGCGUUUAGACAAGACGCUAUGGAUAUGGACCAGUCGCCAGUGAUGGAAAACGGCAUGUACGUGGACUCCAAUACGGGUCUAGGUGAUCCGCUCCGUGAAGACGACGGCUCAUUCAUGCAAUUCGUGAAAGAACAGAACGCUCAGCGCCUAGAAAACUCUGGUUUCCCUGAUAAUACCCAGAACGACUUUAAUAUCGACCUGCUUUCCCAGCAGCAGCAUCACCAGCAUAGUAACCCUUCCUCCAGCCACACCAAAUUUGAAGACUCCACGCCGGCAAACUUCGACCACGAUAAUCCUUCGACGUAUGGCGACGCUUACGGUGAUAUGGACGGCGGUCUUAUGGACGAAAACACUGCUUUUGAAAGCGGCAUCAGCCCAGCUAAGGCUUUCGGUAGUUUAGUGGAUGAAAGUCCGCACGCCGAAGCCAGCAGUGUUGAUGCUUUCAGCUCUAUUGCAAACAAAACCCCUGAAGCCGACGAUCAUAGCCAUCCAGCCCGUUCUCGUCGCAACACGCAAAGCCAUCGAACUUCUAUUCUGGCUGUAGGAGCCGAUUUCCUGCCAUUGACUACAACCACCUCACUUACACCGUCCAUGAACUCGGUGUAUUCGGCACAGGCUUCCUUCUUCUCGGCCAACCAAUUCCACCGCUCGCUGUUUGAACAGCCACCUUCGCUGAUCCAUAGACCAUCGUUUGACGUAUACCCCCGCGGGCGUGUGUCGCUAGAUAGCCAGGGUUCCAGCAUUAAUCCCCCAUCCCGUAACCCUAGGUCGUUCUCGAGCUAUAUUCCAUUCAUGGGCGAGCGUGACAGAGAUAGAAAACAACAGCUGCCUGACUGGGGCCAACAGCAGCACCAACAACCGCAGCAGCCAAGACAUCUUAUACGGAGCAUUUUCAAAUCUAAUAACGAACAACCUGAAGAUGAUCCUGCGCCAUUUUUAGCAGACGUUCUUGUGGAUCAAGACGAAGAUGGCGACAUGCAUCAGGAUACUGCUGAAAACCCGGUGCCAUCAAAAAAGGCCAAGCGUACUCGUAUGAAUUUAUUCAACAGAUUCAAGACUGGAAAAAAUCAGCCACUAGAACCCCAGCCAGAGCUUGUGAAACAGGAAACGCAUAGUUCAGUGGCCUCAAGCGAAAGAGAUGAUAGUUCUCAUCAGAAUUCAAGUGUGGUACAACACUCAUUGCAGAACUCCGUGAAGACAGCCAACUCUUCCAAUCUGGGCAAUGUUCAGAUGGUCGACGCUCAGCCGCCUCCGGAACCUGAUUAUGCAUCUUUAUUUGAGAACAUGGGCAAAAGAAGGCUAGGAGGAAUGAAAAAUAAGAAACCAACAGUAAAACAGGAACCGGAUUCUGGAAUUGGAUCGUCUGUUUCAGCUACAGAGAAGUCAUCGUUGAAUCAUGCUAACCGUCUGAGUGCCGAACAGUCGGGCGACUCUCGUCUGGCGAAUAGUGUUUCACUCUCACAGCAUUCGUCGAUUUCUGAAGAGUUUGCUGCCGCAGGGGCUUCACUGUCUUUUGCCAAUGCAUCAAAGAGAAUAUUGGGGCUGAGACUACUAAAAAAGAAAGCACAGCAUGCCAAGGCAGAGGCUCAACAGUCCGAUGUUGUUGAGAUCGAUUUACAAUCGCUUGACCUUCCGCCCGACACUGAAAUUGUGCCUACAAUCAACCCCAAGGUCCGUACCAGAGGACGUAAGGAGAACAAAGCCGCCGACAUGGUGGAUCUGUCUAAAAUUUUCGUUUGUACAUAUUGUUUGAGGAGAUUCAAAAGACAGGAGCAUUUGAAGAGGCACUUUAGGUCACUUCACACUACAGAGAAGCCAUAUGAGUGCCCGACGUGCCAAAAGAAAUUCAGCCGAACUGAUAACCUCAAUCAACACAUCAAGGUACACAAGCAGGAGGAAGAAGAAGCGGCAGCCCGUGCAGCUGGAAUCAUCAAGGAGGAAGAUUAUGAUGCCGUAGCAUGA